UUCACAAAGUUUUAUUGCAAUUUCUCAAAAUUUUCCAAGUCAAGUGUACUCGAAACCCUUAGUAUAUCCAAAGCGUAAAAUAUAUAAAGUACACUUUUAUAUAUUUUGUCAACUGGAAGCUCUUUUUCAUUAGGAUCCUUCUGUUGAAAAGUUUCCAGAAGAAUUCAUUGCAAAAGGCGCUUCGCUGUCCAGACAUCAAAACUUUUUCUUUUUUUAUUUUUGGACGCUUGCCUAAAUGUUUUUUUGUAUCCAAAAUUGUAAGAGAUGGAAUUGUAUUUGACUGGUCACAAGUAAACGAUUUUUCCGUGCGAGAAAGAAAGAACUCAGCGCAGUGCUAAAGGUGUUCUAUAGCAAUCAAUGCGACCGUCCAAUUCUUAUUAUCCAUAAAAUUCUAUUGAGUUGGACUUAAUCGGCAUUGGCUGCUUGUAGAACUUCCUAUGUCGCCACACUAUUAACACUUAGAAGAGUAGGUUUGGUUUAUUCACACCCACAAACUAGAGAAAGUAAUUGAGCGAAGAUAAUUGUGAGUUGGAAGCAUGGAGGACGAAAACUCAGCCGCGAAAAGGCCUCGUCUGGAGGCUUCUCAAGAUGGAUCGCAGGAACGACCACCUGAAAGCAAAUGCCCGUUCGCAGCUGAAAGGGGAGCUGCGAAGAAAUCCAACAAGGUCGAGGAGCCGGGCAGCUUGAUUGAUGAUGAAUUGCGGCAGUUCCAAGUGCUGGACGAGGUGCAAGGAGACGAGGAUGGAACCGGAUCUGAAUGCGAUGAAGAAGGUAGUGACGGUGGGGACUCUUCCGAAUUCGAUUUGGAUGAAAACGAACUAGAAAACAUGCUGGACGAGGCACUCCCGGAGGACUUGAAGAAGCGGAAGCAAGUACCAUACGAGGAGAGGUUUAAGACGGUUGUGGAAGAGAAGGGACGCAAUCACUUCGACGUUUUGCCUGAAGGAUGGCUUCAAGUUACGCACAACAGUGGCAUUGCUUUGUACUUACAUAAAUCUUCGCGUGUUUGCACAGUUUCUCGGCCAUAUUUCCUUGGGCCGGGAAGUGUUCGGAAACACGAACUUCCAAUUAGCGCAAUUCCAUGUCUUAACUAUCGACGGGCUCUUGAGAAAGAAGAGGAAGAACGACAAAAACUUCAAAAUGGAUUGACCGAAGUAUCGACAGCAAACCCUUCGUCAACGGAAAAUUCUCAAGAAGCUAUCACAGCUGGUCCAGGAUCAGAUUCCCGCGACAAACCUAACAUAGAUGAGAAUUCUAGUCAAAACGAUAGCCAAGGCAAUGGAACGAGACCGGUUGGUCCUCUUACAAAUGAGAAUAGUACACCGCCUAAUCCACUGCGCGCACUGCACAAUGCAAAAAUCGAAACCGUCACAGAGAAUCUGAAAGCUCAAAGUCUGACAGCAGCACAAGUUAAUGAAUAUUGUAGGAAAUUGUUCCAUUUCAAAACGAUUCGUGUGAUGCGGUUCAAAUCCUGGUCGGCACGGCGGAAAUUUACAGUAAAUCGAAAGAAAAUAAAAAAUCUACAACGUCCAACACUUCCCGACGGAACAAAGUUCAUAACGUUUCCUGUUCCUGCCAAUGAUGCCAAUGGUAAUCCCAAUAAUCAUCGCGGGCGAAAAGAAUGGAUUAUGAAUCCCAAUGGCAAGAGUUACGUUUGUAUAUUGCAUGAAUAUGCACAGCAUGCUAUCAAGAAGCAACCCACCUAUGAAUUUAAGGAAUUGGAAAACCCGGCGACACCAUAUUCGGCAUCAGUUACGAUAAACGGUUUGCAAUAUGGCACUGGCUAUGGAACUAGCAAGAAACAGGCGAAAUCAGAAGCAGCCCGUGAAGCUCUAGAAGUUUUAAUACCCGAAAUGCGAGAUAAGAUUACUUCCGUUAAGUCAGGAAAUUCGAGUACCAAUAACUAUAAACAUUUGUCGGUUUUCGACGAAAUUAGAAUCGAAGAUCCUCGAGUUACUGAAUUCUGUGAAAAAACAACUGAACCUACGCCACAUGCAAUCCUUUUGACCUGUCUUCAAAGAAAUUUUGGCUUAGGUGAUGUAAAAAUCAACUAUCAAGUUAACCCUCUAAAGCACAAGAAAAAUGAAUUCACGAUGACCGUGGGUAAACACACCGCCACUGUUGUCUGCAAGAAUAAACGCGAUGGGAAGCAGCUUGCAUCUCAAGCUAUUCUUCAGAUCCUCCAUCCUCAUAUAAAAUCCUGGGGCUCAUUACUUCGUCUCUAUGGCAAUCAUUCCGUGAAAACUACCAAAGAGAAAAAGCAAGAGGAGCAGGAAAUAACUGUGCUCCAAAGUAAGGCGGCCAUAAAUCAACCCAACUAUGCAAUCCUGGACAAAUUGAAAUUGGAAAUGACUAAAUUGGGUGAUUCGCGAGCUGCUAUAAAGUCGAUUGGAACGUUUAUACCGCCCAGUGAUGUGGAACUGCCAACCGCGUCAUCUUCAAAUCUGAACAAUGUCGAGCUAUAAGUAUUUUAUUGUUUUACCUCAUACAUGUAUUUUGGUAGGAGUAUAGUGUCAGCGCGAGUAUGCGAACGCUUUAUUAAAACGGUCGCGAAUUGUGUACGGAGGAGAUGUAAAAUGGUGCUAAGACGAUGUUCAUUAGGGAAAUUGGAUCGAGUGGAAUGAGUAUUGUUUAACGAGACUAAGCUGAAAGUUUUCGUUUGUUUAAUUUCAUUGUUCAGUUAAAAUAUAUCCAACUAGUUUUUGAAGACUCAAAACAACAAGUAUAUGUCCUCUGAGGCUCAAAGAAAUCAAUGUCGCAUGCAUUAGUUCUUAGAAUCCUUAGAAAAAUUGAAGGUUUUUCCGAAGUAGCUUAGGCACUUUAUAGACAAAGUCGCUAAAUUUAUUUUUAAGAUAGAACUAAGGAAGGUGAAAUUUCUCUAGACUGACAUCUAAUAUCAUGUUUUCUGCCUAUUGAUAUUCAGAUAAGAAUUGAAAUUUAAGGUUUUAUGCUUCAGUGGUUUCUUAAUAGGCAAUUUUUAUCAGAAAUAUGACUUUCGUCUUAUAUUGCUGAAACUGAAUUGAAAUGAUUCAAGAGAAAAGUCAUUAGAAUAGAAAUGUAUGUAAAUAAGAAGAAAUUCACAUAUAUUUUUCUCUCUCACACUUAAUAGUUGUAGGUCUGUAAUAAAAUCGUGCAUUUUUAAAGCUU